AUGAUUGUUCCCUUUUUUCAACUUUUAUUUAUUUUAAAUUACAUAACUAGACUAGUGGCAAGCUACAAUGUCACAGACCAACACUUAUUCGAAGCCAUAUCAGCCUCGGCAGCCAACUGUAGUGAAGUACUCGGAUUCAAUGUGACUACUUGGUUAAGCAGCUCAGGGACGGUAUAUAUACAGCCCGAGAUCAACGGUACACUGACGCCAGACCAACUUACACUGCUGACGGACUGCAAAUUAUCAAUUGAUGGGGUUGUAGUGGCUUACCAACAUAACAAACAACAGGGGCAAGAAAUGGAAGAAAACUUUAAUGGAAUUAUGACAAUGAUAGGCUUUGCAGCGUUUGAGGCCGCCGGCAUACAAGUUACACUUAAUAGAUUCAGGAGAGUGUUGGCCCUUGCUAAGAGGGCGGUGGCACUGGGGGUGAAUGGUUACGGCGUUACCAAUUGUGACGGAGGUGAUCAGAUAUUCUCAGUGGUAUCUGGAUCGGACGACUGCCAGACACCCAGCUGGAAUCAAAAGUCAAAAGCCGUAGACUUGCACAAUUACGACCCCAGUAACUCGCAAUGGGUAGAUCUGUUCCCGCACCAUAGCUGCUCAAGCGACGGGGCUAGAUACUUAAUAGGGCCCGGCGAGGCUAACUGUCAAGUCAGGAACACUUAUUCUUGGGUUCAAGAAUGA